UCAUAUGUUAGAGUUUUGCUGAACUAUGCUCAAAAAGGCGGGAAUUAGAUUUUUGUGUAUAUUACAGCGAACCAAAGGCUAUAAGUUCUUAAGUGUAGGCAAUUUGUAAUUUGAAUUCAUAAUGCGACCACGCACUGUAAAGAGUUCAACUCAGAAAAAGAAGAAAUCGGAAUCGCAUUUAGAUAAUGAUGAGGAUUCAUAUGAGGAAACUGCAUUUCGAACACCAGAUCGUGAAAACGAAACCGACUACGGAUUGGAGUUUACUACAAGCCGUUUGGCUGAAAUGAACACAUCUCCACGUCGGUGCUCUACGCUACGCAAAAACGUUCCAAAAGACCAUCGUCGUGAUCUAGACACAUCCGAAGGCGACAGUGAUUCAGAGAAUCAGCCACCGGCAGUACGACAAACACCCCGAAAGCUGCCGCUAAAAACACCCGCAGCGAGUAUGAGUAAGAAACAUCAGCCGCCACUAACAUCAAGACCUGGCUCGAGGCGCAAACAAAAUAAACCGGAGCGUCGUAUACAAAAAUUGAACCGCGAAAUUGAACGGUUACAAAAGCAUCCAGGCUUUAUGAUACCGCGUUUACCUUUCGCGCGUUUGGUGCGCGAAAUUAUGAUGAAAUAUACUUUAACGCCCUUUAUGAUAACUAUGGGUGCCCUGGAGGCUAUACACACCGCGACAGAAAUGUACAUAACCCAGCGCUUCCAGGAUGCCUACUUACUGACCCAGUAUCGCGGCCGUGUCACGUUAGAGGUGCGCGACAUGGCGUUGGUGGCAUAUUUCUGCAAAUCCUAUGGUAAUCUUUGA